AUGUACAUGUAUUAUUUUUUCUUCCAGGUUGCAAGGCAGAUCGGAUUAAAUCCAACAUUCUUUCAAAUAUUAGGUACCGUAGUGCAAAUUUCUAUUAAAAAGUUUGAUAACUUAAAAAGCAAAACAUGAAUGUAGUUUGAUUUUUCAUGAAUAUACUACUGUAAACACUUUAUUAUUUUUCUCUUGCGUGUUUCAGGGGAGAGCAACCCGUUGGAAACGAAGUCAUACAUCGAUUUAACGCUACAUCAACGUGUCUUGAUACUGAAAGUAUUGUGUGACGAGUGUUUGGUACGUUUUAAUUUUGUUAACCAAAGCAGGAAAUUAUAUUCUUGUUUCUGGACUCCUAAGUUUUGGGGUCGAAGUUUUCCUCUAAGGUCACUAAUAUUAAGGGCAGAGUCUUUAAAUUCUUUGUGAGUAUUUGAUUAUACGAUUUCCUAGCUAAUAAAAUAGAUUGAUUGAAGAGCAAGGUUUUCGCAAAUAUCGACGAAAAGGCGCAUUUUAGGAUGUGACUUGAUCGACAGCUGAUUGCUCUCAAAGGUCUUUGAAAAGUCUUGGAGACUACGAACCCUGUCUAGGUAUACCAACUACGUUAUACGUCAAACGACAAACGCCAGGCAAAGAAAAAUUUUACGGUAUCAAGCAAUUAAGAGUAAAUGAACUUGUUAUUUUAAAACUGAAAUACGUAAUUAUUCUUUCGACGCAAGAAAGAAAAUAUGAAACGAAAACGUUCAACAAAAAUUUUGCCAAGAAAGUUCGAACCUGCCGUUUGCCGUUCCCGGAAACGUGAAGCUUUAAAAACUCCCUAAUAACAAUCUGUUGUUAACCUCUAGGACUACCAUCCACAGUUGCGCGAUAUUCUUGGUAAUACAGACACCACACCAUACAGUGAAACCUACCUUGGCUAUGAUGCUCAGAACUCGACCUAUCUUUAUUUUCCUAUCUUUGAUGCGACGGACAUCAGGAUUUACAAGCAAGCUGAACUACCUGCACUCAAUGAAUGGUAUAGAAAAUGGACAUCAAAUGUGAGUACUCUCCAAUGGACGGUUCCUGCUAUGGAUGAAAUUUUGAUCUAGAUAAAAAGAACGAAACCAUUACCAUAGCUGGAAAGAACAUCUUAAAACGAGUAAAAUUGCAAAGUUUGGUUGCGAAUUGUUCAGGGUUCGUAGCGGUCUUUGAAAUCCUCGAAAGUCUUUAAAUUUGAAUGCAGGUCUUUAAGGUCUUUGAAAAGUCUUUGAAGUGUGUGAAAAAGCGAAGAAAGUCUUUAAAAGUCUUUAAAUUCUUUAGUGAUUAUACGAUUUUCUAACUAAUAAAAUAGAUUGAAUGAAGCAAAAUUUGACGAAAAAGUUCCUUUUUGUGAUUUGACGGGACUAAUUACCUGGUAAAAAUGGUGCUUAUACAUCGCAAUUUUUCGACAACUGAUUGCUCGCAAAGGUCUUUGAAAAGUCUUUGACAAUAGGCAGAAAAAAUCUUUGAAAUUUUUUUGGUCUUGGAGACUACGAACCCUGUUGUUGUAAAAUGAGGAAAAUAUAGCCCUGCGAAGUUCGCAAAUUUUGUAUAUAUUUGCAUUACGCGCGGGAAAAAUAACCAUUUUUGAGCCGAUUAUUUUUACCGCGCGUACUACAAAUAUAUACAAAAUUUGCGAACUUCACAGGGCUAUAUUUUCUUCAUUUAACAACAUUUAGCAACCAAUCUUUGCAGUUUUACUCAUUCUAAGACGCUCUUUCUAGCUGUGGUGUUGGAUUUCGUUCUUCUUGCCUUGAUCAAAAUUUAGUAUAUAGCUGGGAUCACCCAUUUAUUUUGUUGAGUUUUUUAGCAAGUUGAGUUGCUCAUGUUUUUAGUGGUAAAAUAUUCCUUUCGUGCCCUGUCAUAAUCAGGGCCGCCCAGAGGUUGGCGGGGGCCCGGGGCAAAUUUUUUUUUAGGGGCCCCUAUCUAAAAAUGUUUUUAGGGGCCCCUAUAUAAAAAUAUCCAAAAAAAAUUCGGUCAGUGUACCAUUUUAGGGGUAAAAAUUUUUUUCCGGAGUACAAAAUUUUGCCGGACGGGUACGUUGCAAAUGCUUUCGAGGGACUUUAUCUCUUUUUUUUAUGCCAAAAUUAGGUACUUAGCCCAAGAAAACAGAUAUCUUGUCCUUUGCGCGGAAAUAUUUAACACACAAAAAAGGCUGGGGCCCUACAAAAAAUUUUCAGGGGCCCCCAGCAACUCGGGGCUCGGGGCAAUUUGCCCCCUUUGCCCCCCCUCUGGGCGGCCCUGGUCAUAGUUAACGCAAAACGUAUGGAAAAAGUAAUUAUGCCAUUUUUGAAAAUUCUUCUUUUGUCUCCGAAAAAUACGGAAUGCCAAUCCUUUAUUUAAAUUGUUCUACAAAAUCAAGUGCUCAAAUGUCUGUACUGGUCUUUGAAAAGUCUCUGCAUGGACUUUGUUUCAAACGUCCUCCAAUUUCGUACUCAAAUGUGCGCCAUCGUUCUGAUGUCUCAAAUAUAAACAUGGCGACUGUGCAUCUGGUAUUACAAUAGCCUGCGAACAGGUUGAGAGCCUUCUCGCAGGCUAGUAUUACAAUUGUUUAAUUUUCAACAAGCGCGAACAAAGCUAACGGCCACGUCAAUCGGCAAUUAUUUUAUUUGUGCAGACAGUAAAUUUUGUGAGAUUUUUGUACUAUCUUCCAAAGAAUUCAAUGACCCUAAAAAAUUUGUGUUAAAUUUGGAAAGUUUUUUAUUCACUGCAGUCGAAAGCGUUCAGUAGUUACAAAACACCAAAACGGACUAGCCAAUCCAAAUCGCGAAGAUCCUCUACGUCAUCAAAGAAGAGCAAGGGUCUGGGUACGACUAUCGAGCCCGGUUUCCAACUCGCCUGCAGCGACGUCGAAUCAUUGCGUGGAUUAUGCGAGAAAUUUGCCGAACGACCGCCGACGCCUUCCCGAAAGAAGUCGGCAGGUCGGCCGACUCGGAGACGAUGCGAAAAAGAUCUCCAUAAAGUCUUGAGUGAUUUGGUUGAAGACUUGGGCAAGAAUGAUGCGAGAUAUUCGCGGGCGAGAGUGAAAGGCAUGAUUAAUUUAAUGCGAGAUUGGAAAUCUGAUGAACUUGAUUCAGGUAUUGUAUUAAUAUAAAUCUUAAUUAACUGUCGCAUCAAAAAUCCGUAAUACUAGCGACCACAUCUUGUUUUGCGUGUUUGCAAUUCUAAAGCCAGGAUGAAACUCGAGGAUGAGAGCGCAUGAGCGUUGGCAGUCAUACGAGCUUGGUUAGCUGUUGUUAAUGACUUUCCCCAACACUAUCAUGUAUUCCAUUUAAAGGCACAGUUCAGCCUUUUGAAUGAUGGUUUUUAAGGUGCAUUUCAACCCUUUCAAUGUAAUUGAAAAACUAACUAGGAAAAUCAAUUAAGAUCAAGAUCAGCAAACUUAUAGCCCGCGUGCAGGCCCAAGGGAACUGGCAAACUUAAUGUUUUUAACAUUUUAAAACCUCUUUAUUGUUAAAAACAUUGAGUUUGCUGAUCUUGAAUUAUGCUUAAUUGAUUUUCCUAGUUAGUUUUUUUCAAUUAAAAGGGCUGGAAUGCGCCUUGAAAACCAUCAUUCAAAAGGCUGUGCCUUUAAGUUAAAACAUAAUGUCGCCCACAAUAAUGCGUGUCUUCCAACUCUUGUCAACUCUCAUCCUCGUUUGAUCUGCGCUUCAUUUUAAACAAAAGUAAAUAUACCAGCAUGAGCAUAUGUUCAGAACAAGAUGUUUGUAACAGUGCCAUAGCCAGCCUGACAAUUUGGUCAUGCUAUAUGCAAAUGUUUCCGUCUUCAUAGACCGUAAAAACAUUCAAUUUCUAAAGAAAUGAAUAAUGAUAAUGAUUUAUAAUUUGCAUAGCAUGACGAUAUUUGUUGGGCUGGCUUUGCCACAUCGAAUUGAGAAACCAAAUAUCACUUAUUUAGUCCCGAGAAACUACAGCUCUUUAAUUUUACCGAUCAAUGAUUUCAUAGGAGAUGAAUUCAACGCUAAAGACGAUGAAAUUGCAGACACUUGUAGCGAAAGUCUUCACACACCCCUGGAGAAUGAGACAACCGAUAUUCCCGAUGAUACAAAUAUUGAAGAAAUCCCGGGGGAGGAGGGUGCUGCACCUCUGCUGUCGAUGGUCACUCGAAGUAGAAAGAGAAAAUUCCUGGAUUACGAUGACAUAACAUCCGCUAGUUCUUCGCCCCUCUCAGAAUUUUCCAAGAAUUUUGAAGCUUUUGAUGAUAAUCCAGAUUUGAGAAUUGAGAUCAGAGCUGAGAAACGUCCAAAUUUGGAUAAUGAUGUCGUCCAAGAUUCUGUUACGAGUGGCUUAUGUGAUGUAAUAGUACGUGACGUAAUUUAUGACGUCAUACGUGCCGUAGUUGAUGACGUCAUAUGCGAUGUUGUUGAUGACGCCAUAUCAAAGGUGUCGGUAUCUGAAAGUGCUGAAGUGGCAAUAAAUGGUGUGGAUAAUGAUGGACUUAUAGGGACAACUGUGACUCGAAAUGGUAAUGAGGGACACGGUGAUGAUAAAAUGGGAGUCAAUGGGGUGGAAAUUAAGGAUCAAACCGAGGAUCAUCUUAGGGUUUCUAUGGAUGAUAAGGAACAACAGUUGAUGGAAACUGAUAGCAAGAACGAUGAUAGUGAAGGUAAUAGGGAUACAGUGAUGGAUAUGGAUGGAUUUGAACAUAGACAGAAUCAUGCUACGUUUGUGGAUAAAAUAUCGAAUGACAGUACUUUAAUGACAAAUGGAAAUGGACAUGAAGAACAGAAUGUUGACACAAGGAACAUUGAAUUGCAGCAAGCAUCGCACAAAAAUACUGAAGUCUGUAACAGUAAUAACGUGAACGAACAGAAAUCCAGUAUAACCUAUUCAGGUCAGAACUGCCAUGGGUCACAAGAGAUAAAUAGCAGUAUAUCAGGUAUCGAGGGGACAAAUGUGUACAAUAAUGGUCGAUGUAGUGAAGUAACUAAUGAUGUUUGUAAUGGCAAUCUUUCAAUAGACAGCUUCAACUCCAAAACACCCUCGGAGAAAUGGUCCACAAGAAUCGUACCUACGGAUAAAGAGUCUGCGGGAAUAGUACCUACGGUAAAAGAACCUGCGAGAAUAAUACCUACGGUAAAAGAAUCUACAAGAAUGUUUCCUACGGGAACAGUGCCUACGGUAAAAGAUCCUACGAGAAUGGUACCUACGGUGAAAGAACCUACGAGAGUGAUAUCUACUGGAACCGAAUCUACGGGAUAAAAUCUCUACGGUAAAUAUUUCUGGGGGGUUUCAAGCACUAAAAUACAUAACCAGUAGCAUGUUAAACGUACUGAAUGUUCUCACUGACGAUGUGACUAAAUUACCGAUUGUAUAUUUAGUAUUUAAAACGAUUAAUGUUAAACAUUGUUGCAUCUCAAAAUCCUAAUUUAUAAUGUAAUAUUCAUUGUAGUUGUUUUUGAAGAAUAUGUAGAGAAUAAAUAUUUGUAAAUACGUCGAUUAUCAAAUUUUCAAUUCAUUUUCUUAUUCAUCAGCAAAUCUUUGUCGAAAUUCUGCAAGAUACUCCUCAUAGAGUAACAUAUGUAAUCCAGCUGACUCCUUUUGAAAUUAGGUGAAUUGUAACAAGUGCAAAAAUUGGACCUUGAGGGACAUAUUCAUAAAUAAAACACAUGAGGGAACCUAUUUUAAAGCUAUUUAAAACGCUGUAUUAUAUAGAAUAUCUACAAAAUUUCAGCUUUUCUACAUAUACGUAAACCCAAGAAUAUUUCUAAGUCGAAAUUUAUUAAGUGUUUGUUUGAGACUUCCUAAUGUAGGCAUUUUGUUUUACAUUACCUAGACUAGAUGUCUCAUAGCUCCCUUAUUUAGAUUGUCAAUUUUUGACAGCAGUGUCUCAAAACCGAGACACUUUCUUUAGAUAUCACAAAUACAGGACCCGAAAUUGAUCCCUGAGGAACACUGCAUUUAAUAUAGUGGACUUCUUUGAAGUUAGUUGUAUCUCUUUCGUUGUUUUUUCAGUUUUUAAAUUCACAAGUCUUUUGUUCAGUGAGCUAUGAAAUUAUAUAUAUGAGACAUCGUUGUUUUGAAGUGCGACUAACCCCAAAUAUAAUUUUUGGUAUGUGUGAUAUUUGGGUCAUUCUAAGAAGAAAUGU